UCCCGCCGGUCCUGGCAGGGAAUGCGCCGAGCCCAGCCACCGAGACUGGCGGUCCGAGGAUCACUCUGCACUCCACUCCGGCACGCGUCACUUGGCCCGCCGCUCUGCUCGACUCCGCUCGUCGCACCGGAAUACGAACCAACAGAUCGCCAUGCCGCGCCUGCUCGCCGACCUGGACCAGCUGAGCGAGGAGCAGGCCUUGCUGCUCUACAAGAAGUGGGGGACGUCGCCCGAGGCGGUGAGGCGCGACGUGGUGGCGCUGCGGGAGUGGCUGCAGAAGCAGCCCCACCUCCCCAAGCUCACGGAGGAUGAAGACGAGUGGCUGUGCCGGUACCUGCUGGCCUGCAAGAACUCCCUGGAGGGCUGCAAGAAGCGGAUCGAGUACUUCUUCACGGUGCAGUCCAUGUGGCCCGAGUACUUCUCGCCGCCGUCGGCGGAUGUGGGCAUCGCGUUCUCCGAGUACAUGUGGGGAGGCCCGCUGCCCAAGAUGCUCCCCGACGGCACCCGGCUCACGUUCUACAAGUUCACGUCCAAGGUGGCCAAGCACGCGGACCAGAUGAACUGGAUGAUGUUCUACAUGCUGUCGCUGGGCUACAUCGAGCUGCAGCUGUCGCAGCCCGGCCAGCCCCUGCACAUCGAGUUGAUCUUCGACGUGGAGCACUACACCAUGGGCGUCAACAACUCCUUCAUCGCGCACCUCGGCGAGUUCCGCCGGUUCGUGCAGUGCAUCCAGGUGGCGCUGCCGCUGCACAUCCGCUGCAUCCACGUGAUGAACGCCCCGCCGCUGGCCAUCGGCGCCCUCAACAAGCUGGUGCGCCCCUUCCUGCAGGACAAGAUCAACAAGAGGAUCGUGACCCACGACAGCCUCGAGUCUCUGGCCAAAGUUGUCCCCGUGGAAUGCCUACCCAAAGACCUCGGCGGCGAGCUGCCGGGCACCAUGCACGACUACACCCUGAAAUGGGGUGAUAUGGCGGUGGCCGCGACCAACUGGUUCAUGGACCGGCGCUGGAUGAAGGCAGACCUCAGCAGCAAGCCCGACUGCAAGUUUAACUCGGAAUUCGGCCUGGACGGGUCCUUCCGCAAGCUGGCCGUGGACUAGGCGAAGAGAGAGCAGCUUUUCUGCGAGAAGAAGAAAUGCGACCAGCACCAACCAGUGAUAAUUGUAGUGCUGGACGUUGAUAAACCUGAUCGGCCGGGUUAAGACCAAGACCGAACUUGUCGUUCGGGAAUAGGGUUUAUAGUCCGUUCGUUUUACAUACUACACCAAAGUGCAAAGUUGUUCCUCACUCGGAGCAGCUGGGGGUGCACUUCGAGGAAUGUACUUGCGAUCCCAUCGCUGCAUUCGUGCCUCGGGGCUGCACCAGGCAUCGGAUGUAUCGUGUUGAUGAGCCCCACGUAGGACCCUACUUGGAAUUAAUAAACUCGUCCUUGUGUGAUGCGUUCAACCGUAAUAGUUCAAAUUAAGAGGAUCCUGACAGUGCUCAAUUUUGUUGAUCUUGUUUGUAAUUUUGUUUUGUUAUUAUGCGUGUUGAAUUUUACGAAAGUUUUGACUGUUCUGCAUCUACUAGCACUAGCAGAGAGUAUGUCCUGCUUCUCCUGGUGGCUUCUCGAUCUUAGAAAAUGUUAAGGGUUCGCAUUGAAGAACCAAAGAAGGGACAAACCAAAGGGCUGUUAACUCAUUGUUCACACACCUCAAUUUUUAAAAAAUAUUUUAUAUUUUUUAGAUUUUAUUCAUUAUAGAAACAGCACCUCUGGAAAGAAACUAACGUCGUAGAAUGAUUGACAAUGGUUUUCCAUGCACCUAUCUUUUCGGCAUUUUUGUACUUAGCUAUUAAGGGCCUUUUGUCUGAUUCAACAAAAAUCUGACGGAAGUUUCACGCGGAUCUCUUCCACUUACGUACAUGCAGGAAGUGUGAUAAAAUAUGUCUUGGAGAAAAAGAGUUUGACUCCGCCCCUGUCUAAUUUUGUGAUGUUUAUAAAUGUGAUGUUCACGUAUUGCGUGCAAUAAAUCCUACUCGUUUUACUCCAUUUC